UAUCGUCUCCAUUAUUAAUUGCACAGAGAUUUGCGUUUCUCCAAUCCUUCUUUAGGGCAAACAUUUUCAAUCCACCCAUCGUAUCCGAUAAUUAAUUUCCUGCCGACGAAUUGUAAAAAAAAAAAAAAAAAAAGAAAAAAGAAAUCUCCGAUUGAUCAUGGGAUUGAAGGAGUUGUUCCGGAGGAAGAAGAAACACAGCGAUUUGCCGGCGGCGGCGGCGGCGGCAGCGGCGGCAAUAACAACGAUCAGCUCGAGAUCGUCGUCGGUGAACGAGCGGCGGCGGCUGGAGGAGGAAUUGGAGUUGGUUUUCAAGAAAUUCGAUUCGAACGGGGACGGGAAGAUCUCGGCGGCGGAAUUGGGGGCGAUAAUGGGGAGCCUGGGGAGUCCGGCGACGGAGGAGGAGCUGAGGAGAAUGGUGUCGGAGUUGGACAGCGACGGCGAUGGCCACAUUGAUCUGCGGGAGUUCAUCGAGCUGAACACGAACCAGGUAGGGCACGACGAGGUGCUGGCCAAUCUGUGGGACGCCUUCAAGGUCUUCGAUUUGGACAGCAAUGGCAGCAUAUCGGCGGACGAAUUGCAGGAGGUGCUGCGGAGCCUCGGGGAGAAUUGCACGCUCGCCGACUGCCGGAAGAUGAUCCGCGGCGUCGACGCCGACGGGAAUGGAACCAUCUGUUUCGACGAGUUCAAGGUCAUGAUGAUGAGAGGAAUCCGCUUCGAUGUUUGAUGGACGGCUGAGAUUUAUUCAUCAUUAAUAUUAUUAAUAAUUUAUUAUUUGUUUGGUUUUUUUUAUUAUUUGUUUGU